UUGCUGCCUCUCCAGUUUUGUUACGACCGCGAUUUUGUGUAGCAGCGUUGCGCGGACGUUUCGUGUUUCGUCAAAUUUUUGGAUUUUGUGCGCACCGAGACGCGUUCGUGGUGUUUCUUAGUUAUCUUAUAAAUGCAAAGUUGCAAUAAUUCUGUGAAGUUUUGUUGUGAAAACGAAUCUGUAGAUACUAAACAUAAGAAAGCAGUGCAAAUUCACUAAAAAAAUUAUAUAUUUUUUGAUAUUUUGAAGAAAAUUUCCAAUUUUAAUUAUGCGUUAAUACGAAUUUGCAAGCGCAUUGUGUUUGUGUUGUCCCGAUAUAGAUAUAUACAUAGUUGCAUACAAUUGUGAAUUCUUGGCAAUUAUUUUACAAAGUGCACGCGUCUACACACACACAUACAUACAUAAUAUAUUUAUAUAUUAAUAUUAAUUUCGUCGUGUAAAUGAAAUGUGUGAACGUCAUGUGUUUGUUGCAUUUUCGUACGCCUUACGCGGCGGCGGUGAAUUGUUGUAAGCGGCACAGCUUUUAUAAAUAAAGCUGAAAAUAAUAAUAAUACACACAUACAAGCUUAGAAAUUUUUGUGCAUAUGUGCCCAAUACAAUUAGCAUUUAGAAGCGCAAGCGAAGUUCUUUAAACUCGUUGAGUUUGUGAAAUUGUGUUUAUUUGUGUAAAAGUGCAACAUUGGCCUUUGCAGUCAGCAAAUGCCAUAUGCAUAAAUAAUUCAUAUUAAAAACGUUUACUAAAACAACAAUAACAACAAACAGCACCAGCAACAACAGCCUUGCCAAACGCUUGCAUUUUAAGGAUUACAAGUCGCCGCAACGUUAAUGCAACAUAAAUGAUUAUUUUAACAACUUGUGUGAUUUCGGUCGAUUUGCUUGGCUUCCUGUCACCGCCGUUGCUGCGUUGCUAGCGCGAGUUUUAAGUGCAAAAAAGUGUACGUCUCAGCAUCGAAAUCACAACAAAAAAGCGAAAAAAAAUACACAAAACCUUUAAACCUACAACGGAAAAAAGUGAAAAUCGAAAACUGGCUUUGAGGCUGACGGACGACGUCGUACCCUCAUCAUCAUAAAUUACCCAAAGUAUAUUUAUAAAAGUGUAAAAUAGUUGAAUAUAGUACACAAGUGUUAGUUGUGAUUGUGUUUGUGCGCGUAACUAUGUGCGAGUUGUUUGUGUGCAAUAGUGAAAAUGUCUGAGCAACGGACGGGAAUAAAAUGAAACCAAUCGCCAGAACUUAUCGCGUUGGGUACACUAAUGGCUGCGAGUUUGCGCAUUCCACAGCGAAUAGAAAUCGAGCAGCAGCAGCAACAGCAACAGCAACAACAAAGCGAGCAACACAUAAAGCAGCGACUAAGUGUUUACAACAAAAGGCAGAAACGUGAGCGCAUUCCAGAAGGUGCAAACAACAAGCAGCAGCGCACUGCAAAUAGCGCAGCGUCACACGGGCGAAGAGCAGUCAGCAUUCCACAUAUAUUACAACAAAUACAACGACAACAACAACAACAACAGCAAUUGCAAAAGCAACAUAAUAAACAACAGUUGAGAAGUGUAAAGGACCGCCAUUUGGCAGUCUUCAACGACGCAGCCACAUUAUGAUGUGCUGCAGCAACGCGAAAUAUUUGCCUGCAGACGUUGCGCACUUCGCUGAACGGCGCGGCGGACAAGCCGUCGAACUGGUCACAGUCACAGACGCAAAUUCGAACGCAAAGGCGCGCACUUACAGCAUGACAAAUCAGCCAAAUUGUAACGAUAUCUUCAUUUCUGCGAUUGCCACAAAUAUCAGCAGCCCAACCAUACACAGCAGGCGCACUGGCGUUAGUCUCCCUUUUGCCACAACAGCAACACGUGCAACAAAGCGCACCGCCAAGCCGACGAGCGCAUUAAGGCCAGCUCCCUUUCCGGCCGGCACUGUUGCUGUUACUGUAGAAGUCAAUGCAUCUAAGAAAUGUCAAAAAAUACAAGAAGACUGCAA